AUGACGUCGCCCUCAAGUGAACGUAUCAUCAUAGCUGACACUGGUGAUGUCAUCUUCACGCUACGAAAUCCAGGUGCACCAUUUGCUGUAUGGGAUCAGGCUGUCGAAGAAAAUAGUGAGAUUCAAGAUCCAGAAGAUGAGCAUAAAGACGAGCCGUUGAACGAUGCGACUUCCGAUGCAUGUGCAGACGACCUAAACCAACCUGUGCCAAGGCAAGCCGCUCUGCCGGAUGUUGUCUACCAGGUCUCAUCGCAGCACCUGGUAUGCGCUUCGCCGAAAUUCAAGAGUGAGUUGACAUCAUGGAGUGAGAGUUUAAAGCGGGAUGAUGGCCUUUAUCAUGUAAACACCACAGAUUGGGAUCCGGAAGCCUUCGGCAUAUUGUUGAACGUCUUACAUCUUCGCUUCCGUCAGGUGCCAAAGUCACUCAGUUUGGAGCUCCUUGCUAAGAUCGCCAUCUUGGUGGAUUACUACAGAUGUUGGGAGGCUUUCGACUUGAUUGCUGACGUCUGGAUAACGCACCUGCGGGCAAAAUGCUCAGUUCCAGAAACUUAUAGCCGCGAUCUGAUGUUAUGGAUACUUAUCUCUUGGGUGUUUAAGCUGGAAGAGGAGUUCAAUGAAUCCACUUUUUGGGCUUCAAUAAAGAGCGAUGAACCAAUUCUACGAAACAUGGAAUUGAGCAUCCCACCAGCUAUCCUUCGUAAGUGA